CAAUGCACCUGAGGGUUUGGUGGCUUAAAUUAAAGAGCAACUGAACGCGAAUGGGUGAAGUUUGGACAUAGCAAUUCGGGAUGCGUUGGUACCGGUUGGAACUGUGGAAUUCAGCACGCUGGACAGCACCGUCAGGAGACUGGAAGUCUUGCAGGAGUUAAUUUUCACGACGAGGAAUGAAUGGUUGAGGAUGUGUGACCGUGGAUCAUGCAGGGGAUACUGUACAGUUAUCGACAAACGCUAAUAAUCAGCUAGUGACAUUUCGGAUUGAGAAAUGGACUUGGCGGAAGUUCUCUUGGCGUUGUUUAUCGGUGUGACCGCGAUUGUCUCUUUAUUAUCGAAUUUACUGGUGCUGUUAUGCUUCGUAUACAGCACCGAGAUCCGCAGGCAAGUUCCGGGAAUAUUUACCAUGAACUUGUCUCUCUGCAAUAUACUUAUCACCAUUUUAAAUAUGCCGUCGACAUUGCUGGGGAUUAUUAAAAACCAACAGCCUUUUGGAGAUUGUGUAUGUCACACUAUUAGCUUUCUGGAGACUUUUUUGACGGCAAACACAAUGCUGAGCAUGGCAGCCCUGAGCAUAGACAGGUGGAUCGCUGUAGUUUUUCCGCUGAGUUACUCCAACAAAAUGAGGUACAAGGACGCCAUAAUCAUGGUGUGUUAUUCCUGGCUUCACUCCCUGACUUUUUCGCUAACCUCUCUGUUUUUUUCUUGGGUUGACUACAACCACGCAUACGCGUCCUGCACCUUGCAUUUGAACGCGGAGAGCGAACGGACAAAGUUUACAGUGUUCACCGUCGUGUUCCACGCAACGAGUUUCAUGCUUUCCCUCCUGAUCUUGUGCUUUACUUACUUAAAGGUUUUAAAAGUUGCGCGGUUUCACUGCAAGAGGAUUGACGUAAUAACCAUGCAGACCCUUUUCUUGCUUGUAGAUAUUCACCCAAGUGUUAAGCAGCGCUGUCUCGCGGAACAAAAACGGAGGAAGCAACGGGCCACCAAGAAAAUCAGCAUUUUUAUCGGAUCGUUUAUUAUCUGUUUUGCCCCUUAUGUUAUCACGAGGCUGACGGAGCUCCUCCCGCGGGUGGGGAUUAACCGCCGCUGGGGCAUCGUGAGUAAGUGUCUUACGUACAGCAAGGCCGCGUCCGACCCCUUCGCCUACUCCCUGCUGAGGCAGCAGUACAGGAAGGCCCUGCUCGGCCUGGCCAACAGGCUGCUGCGGAGGGACCUGUUCCCCUCCUCGGGCCCCAACAGCUCCUUAGACACGGAGAACGACUACUGCCUGCAGCGAGCGAGCUAGCGGCGAGCUAACGGCGAGCUAACGGCGAGCGCGGACCGCUCCCUGGAGCUACAGCCACCGUGUGAUGAGUCCCUCAGAGAUGUUCAUUAAUCAGCCAUGGAGCCUCAGGCCGUGUGUGACUCAGACCACAGGGAAGGAUCCUGGGACUGAGGAAUCUGCUGACGAGUUAAAGAAAAUAAAUCGUAACCAGGAGCACAUCUACUCAUCUGCUCAUCUCUUCACAGGCUCGAUUUUUCCUUUUAAAUCAAAAGGCAUUCCAUCAGGCAUUAUAUGAGAUGCAGUAGCAGCUGAAUAUCUGCGGUAUGUUGCUUAGUAAAGCUGCUUUUGUAUGGCUAGACACCUUCAGAAGCCUUUUCACCACGGACGUCACGUGUUGGUCCUCCAGAACCGAGGGCUGAUUUUACCAUAGAGAUGAUAAAACUAGAGCUUGUCCCCUGGUCUGGAACCGUGUCUUUCGCACAGAAGGGAGGCACUAUAAGGCCAUCACGCCCAAUUCCUUAAGUGGCACUGUUCUCGGCUCUACGUGGGCCUACACAUGACUGAGCAUCACACCUGGAACAGUUCAUUUUGGCUUAGUAUGCUCCAUAGGAACAUUGCAGAGCUACUUUGCUCACAGAUAUAUUUUAGUCACAGGAUCUUAAUGCACUUUGCUGUUGUUUCAGAGCUAUCAGUUACAAUAAAAUGCCAAAGGCAAGCAUCGCUUUAAAAAAAUAUAUAUGACCUUAAAGCUUAUGUUGUACCUGAAUGUACUGCCAGAUUAUUCUAACUGAAAUGUUUGUACUAUUUAAUUUUGCCUAAAAAGUGAAAUAUUUAUUUAAAAAGUUUAUAUUUAUAUAUAACUUUUAGGCUCCCUAUUUUGCACUGUCCAAUAAACAUGGUGUGUAUUUGUUAGAUUGUACUUUUAUUCAGUAGAAAGGAGGAGAAAUAAUGUUUUUUGGAGCAAAUAUUUUAAUGUCAAGUAUUUUAAACAACAGUAUAUUGUGUUUGUGCCAGGUUUUAUUGCUAUAGUAUUUGACAUAUGGGCUUAUUAUGCCCUACAGAGUUACUUUAUUCAAAUGUUUUAAUAAGUUAAGUCGCAGAAAUUGUUUGGAAGUGUACCUGGACCAUGGAUUACUCUUAAAAAAAUAAUGUCUGUGCUUUUGUGCGUGAGUGAAACAAUUUGUGAAAUUCAUGCAAUAAAUUCAAGGAAAUUAGCAUUGUAAA